AUGGAUGGGCGCAGGAAGCUGCUGAUUGGGUGGCUUGUGGAGGACACUCCCAAACUCAAAGUUGUUUCUGUGGUGGGGAUGGGGGGUUUGGGGAAAACCACCCUAGUAAAGAAAGUCUAUGAUGAUAAGGAGGUGAAGAAUCAUUUCCAAUGCCAUACUUGGAUCACUGUUUCUCAAUCAUUUAAUCUCAGAGAACUUCUCCAAGAUGUAAUUCGGAAACUCUUCGAUGAAGCCAAGCAACAGGCCCCUCAAAGAUUGGAAACCAUGGACGAGAACAACUUGAAAGCGGAAAUCAAAGAUUUCCUUCAACAGAGAAGGUACGUGCUUGUUUUAGAUGACGUAUGGCAAAUACAAGCAUGGGAUGCUUUUAAAUAUGCAUUCCCUGACAACAAUAGUGGCAGCCGAAUACUGCUCACGACCCGUAUUGUUGGUGUAGCUUCUACGUCUUGUGUAGAAUCUCCUGAUCACAUCUAUACAAUGAAACCAUUGUCUCCAGAAGAGUCUUGGACUCUGUUCUGUAGGAAGACAUUCCAAGGCAACCACUGCCCUCAACAUUUAGAGGAACUCUCACGAAGUAUCUUAGAAAAGUGUGAGGGCUUGCCACUUGCAGUUGUGGCAGUUAGUGGUGUUUUGGCUACGAAAGACAAAAGUAGAGUGCGUGAUUGGGAAUUGUUUCAUCAUAGCCUUGGUGCUCAGUCAGAAGGCCACGACAAACUUGAGAGUAUGAAAAAUGUACUCUCUCUUAGUUACUAUGAUUUGCCUUGCUAUCUAAAAUUAUGUUUCUUGUAUUUGGGUUUAUUUCCUGAGGAUUACGAGAUUCAGCGCAUGAGAGUGAUUCGACUAUGGAUCGCAGAAGGAUUUGUGGAAGUGAGAGUGGGAUAG